AUGUUCACUUCGGACGUCGCCCUCAAACCGUCUGCCGGAGAAAUGUACAAUAGACAUGAAAAGGAAGUGAGUUAUCGCGCAAAUGGUUUUUUUAAUCUGUAAAAACGUAUAAUUCAGGUGGAACUGAUGCGUGAUUUGUUCAAAAAUCCAAAAGCAAUGCAUUCAAUGCCUCCGAACCAACCGGUCCGCGUGAUUCCAAUUUUGACUAUCGACCACAUUCGGAGUAUUGAAGAAUCCCAAGGACUAAUCAGUGUCGCUGCCACGUUUACUUUUGUGAGCUUCAGCAGAAUUAUGUGCAGUUUAUUUUCGUUCUGCAGACCUGGAUGGAUGAUCGACUGCAGUGGGAACCAGAAAAGUAUGGAGGCAUCAGAGCAUUGUCGUUACUCGAUGUCGAAGAUUCAGUUGGUGACAUUUGGACGCCCAUCAUCCACAUGACUGAUUUGUAAGAACUAACCGAUCAGAAAAGAGAAAUAUGUUUAAUUUUGAGACCGGAAGGCCGAAAGCAAUCUGAUUUGUUUAUGAGUCGUGAUUUUAACGGGAUCAUUACUUAUACAGGAACUGUGAAAGCUGCCAUGAAAACAAUUGUCACCACACCGUGUUAUUUUGGGUUUGGCGAGUAUCCAAAUGAUUAUCAGAACUGUUCUUUUACACUGCUCGCACCAUACUUUGGAAAUGAGUAGGCAUCUUUUACAGAAAACUAUUUCUUUGUUUUUGUUUCCAGAUUUCAGUUUGCCAACUGGGGAGGCGCAGAGUUGACCCGUUUCUUGACUAGUGAAGAGAAAGUUGCUGAUGUUGGAGACUUCCGACUGAUUGAUCUGGACUCGCAAGGAUACUUCAUGUUCCUGGGCAUCAAAGUGGUCGAGGAUAUUACCAAAUAUAAUAUCCAUCACUGCCGAUCCUACUUCCGAUACAAUCUGAUGCUGAAAAGAGAGAACAAGUUGGUGUUCGCUCAACUUUCGGUUCCGAUGAUUGUUGCUUGUGUGUAUGUUUCGAACGAGUGGGAACCGAAUGAUAUUUCUGUUUCAGAAUUGUGGCUAUGUCAGCAAUCAUUCCGAACAAGUACGGUCUAAUCAUUCUUAUGUUUUCUGUGCUUUACCAAACGUUCAACGCUCUGACGAUGUCUGAAAUCAUGCCUGACGACUAUAACGGAAUGCCAAUGAUCAGUAGGGUCCUGCUGACUUUUCAAACCCACAAUAUCAGAUUUCAGGUGUUCUGGCCGUAGUCCUGAUGUUUGAAACACUACUGCUCAUCGGUUGGAGAGUCUACUCCCUCCACAUCCGAACCAUCAAGGGACUGGGCCGUCUAACCGACCCGCUCCGAUACACAGAGUUCAGACAAUCGGUUACUCUAGACGCCGUCAUUGCUGCCGACGGAGCGCUGAGCAUCAUUCUCUUCCUCCAGUGCAUCGGACACAUUUACAUUAUUUUGAAGAACUAA